AGCCCGGGACCUUCAGCCGGUCCCGCCGCGGCCGACUUGAGCUGUAGUGGAAGCUGAGGUGGUAACGGCAGCAGGACCUGCUGCAGGGGCUCCUGCCGAGGCGGAAGCGCCAUGUCCGAGCCACCCCCACGGGAUGCGGAGCGCGACCUUUUCCGGGACACGUGGGUGCGGUACCUAGGCUAUGCCAAUGAGGUGGGAGAGGCAUUCCGCUCCCUGGUGCCAGCAGCUGUGGUGUGGCUGAGCUAUGGUGUGUCCAGCUCCUACGUGCUGGCUGAUGCCAUUGACAAGGGCAAGAAGGCGGGAGCUAUACCGAGCUCCGAAGCAGGCCGCAGCACCAGGGUGACCGUGGCUGUGGUGGACACUUUCGUGUGGCAGGCUCUGGCUUCUGUGGCUAUCCCAGGCUUCACUAUCAACCGUGUGUGUGCUGCCUCUCUCUACAUCCUGGGCACGGCCACGCGCUGGCCUCUGUCCGUCCGCAAGUGGACCACCACUGCACUGGGGCUUCUGGUCAUCCCUGGCAUCAUCCACCCCAUUGACAGGUCAGUGGACUUCCUUCUGGACUCCAGCCUGCGCAAGCUCUACCCCUCAGUGGAGAAGCCCAGCUCCUCCUGACCCCACCCUGGUACUUGGCCUGUGGGUUGGCCCACUGCCUGCUCUGGUCCAACUUCUUCCUCCUGCCAGGGGAUGUGGAUGCCUGGCUCCCUGGGGUCUGAGGCCCUGGCAUCUGAGUAUUUUGAGCCAGAUGGAAACUGAGAGACAAAGGCCUCAAGGAGCGGCAGCUGCUGUGACUCACAGAAAGGGAGACCUGAACCCCACCUGCUUCCAUGGAAUCCGUGAUACUGAGGGGGAGUGGACCUGUUUUUUGACAGGAAAGUAACAUCCUCCCAUGGAGGAUACAGAAGCCCAGAUAGGGCAAG